AUGCGAACAGAGAUGACUGACUGGUUUACACAGUUGAAAAACGCCAAAAAGUCUUGUUUAAAAGACAAAAAUUUGAAAAAAAUUCAUUACGAACUAGAGAAUGGACAGCAAAUGGUUGAAGAAUACAAUUUGGACACUGAUGUUUUAACUAGAAGAGCAUGGAAAUGUAUGGGCAAAUUUGCCGAUGACGAUAAAUGGGAUAUUGAAAUUGGAGAUCCCGAGCCUACUUACAACAGUAAAGGAGAUGAGGUCAUUAAGGAAAGUACUGGACAGCCAAUAGUAUCUAGAAGAAAUACAAGGAUUAAUUUAGAAUGGAGAAUCCGAAAUUUACCAUAUCCAGUAGAAACGUACACCGUAACAGCAAAUACUGAUGAACACUGCCUUGUAGUUAGAACAACUAACAAAAAAUAUUUUAAAAAAUUACCCAUUCCCGAUUUGCAGAGAUUAAAUAUUAUGCUAGAGCAAGCCAAUGUAUCCUUCACUCAUAAAUUUAAUACACUAAUUAUCGUUUACCAAAAACCUAAACAACUGUUGGAUUUUGAAAAGGCUUUGUACAAUGAAAUUAAAAAUGUUGAACCUGAAAGUCAAGAUGUGAAUAAUUGCAAACCAAGUUAA